GGCAGCUGCUCAUCUCAACAAGCAAAAACGACAGCACACUGUGCACUCCCAGCAGCAGCUAGAGCAGUGUGGCAUGGUAAUGGCGGCGACCAGGCUCGUGCUCCUCGUGGCCCUCGUGGCCACCAGCGCGUGGGAGCUGCCGCCGAGCCUCCGGAUGGCGACGGCGGCGCAGGCCGUCGAGCAGGCGGCGGCGGCGGUGGCGAUCCACGCGCUGCGCCCGCUGGUGGGCUCCGCGGGGGACCUGGGCCGGCGCGGCGGCGUGUCGUGCGACAGCUGGCGGCUGGCCGUGGAGGCGCACAACAAGCGCGACUGGAGGACGGUGCCGGCCGACUGCGAGGGUUACGUCGGCCACUACAUGCUCGGCGGGCACUACCGCCGGGACUCCCGCGUCGUCGUCGACGAGGCCAUCGCCUACGCCGAGGGGCUCAAGCUCGGCGGCGGCGGCAAGGAGGUGUGGGUGUUCGACAUCGACGAGACCUCGCUCUCCAACCUCCCCUACUACGCCACCCAUGGCUUCGGCACUAAGCCGUACAACGCGACGAGCUUCAACGAGUACGUGGUGGAGGGCAGCGCGCCGGCGCUGCCGGAGACGCAGCGGCUCUUCAGGAAGCUCAUCGCCCUCGGCAUCAAGCCGGUGUUCCUGACGGGCCGCACCGAGGACCAGCGGGCCAUCACCGUGGCCAAUCUCCGCCGCCAGGGCUACUCCGGCUGGGACAAGCUCCUGCUCAAGCCCGUCGGGUUCAAGGCCACCGCCAUCGCCUACAAGUCCGGCGAGCGCCGGAAGCUCCAGGACGCCGGGUACGUCAUCGUCGGCAACAUCGGCGACCAGUGGAGCGACAUCCUCGGCGCGCCGGAGGGGGCGCGCACCUUCAAGCUGCCCGACCCCAUGUACUACAUCGGCUAAGCGAUGGCCGCCUGACCAUCUAACGGCGGCUCUUCCUCGACCCUCCGUGCUUAGUUAACUACCGCUCCAUGUUGUCUUUUAAUAUAAUCACGGUUCAUUUUAUGAUUUGAGUGGAAAUAAGACUCGUUGGAGAGCUCUAAAACCUUGAUAGUACAAUGUAUGUACUAUCAUCUCCUCUUAGUAUGAUACUAUAUAAAAGGCGCGGUCAAACUUGGCACAGUCUCCAAUACUA